CAAAACAGAAGUGCGGCACUCUUCGAAAUUUGAAAUCUAAAACUGAGAACAGCUUCACUUUCACUCGAAAAUGAGAGAAGACCAAAUAGAAAAGCUUCGCGGAGUGGUGCGCGACUGCGUGAGCAAGCACCUCUACUCAUCAGCCAUUUUCUUCGCCGACAAAGUUGCGGCGUUCACCAACGAUCCUGCCGACAUUUACAUGCAAGCUCAAGCGCUGUUCCUCGGCCGUCAUUAUCGGCGGGCUUUUCACCUGCUCAACGCUUCUAAGAUCGUCCUCCGUGACCUACGUUUCCGCUACCUCGCCGCCAAAUGCCUUGAGGAAUUAAAAGAAUGGGACCAAUGUCUGCUUAUGCUGGGCGAUGCUAAAGUUGAUGAUGAUGGAAAUUUGUUUGAUACUAAACAUUCCAUUGGAGAAGAUCGUGAGAUCAAUAUAUCGUCGGCAAUUUGUUUUUUGAGAGGUAGGGCUUAUGAAGCUCUGGAAAAUCGCUCCCAAGCUCGACUUUGGUACAAAGCUGCCAUCAAGGCUGAUCCUUUAUGUUAUGAGGCUUUGGAAUGUCUUGUUGAAAAUCACAUGCUUACCUGUGAAGAAGAAACAAGUUUGCUUUCAGCAUUGCAAUUUGGUCCUGAAGAUGGGUGGCUCUCUCUGUUCUACUCCUGCCUGAUUAAAAAGUAUGAUAAAGAAAGUACUAUAGAAGCCAAGUUUAGGGAGCUUGAAAAAGAAUGUAGCAACUGUAACCCUUCUGGGCAAAGUUUCAUGCAUACAUUGAAGAAUGACACUGAUUUACUUGCCUGCAAAGCUGAAUACUACAAUCAAUGUGGUGAAUACAACAAAUGUUUUGAAUUAACUUCGAUACUACUCGAGAAGGACCCUUUCCAUUUGAAAUGUACACUGGUCCAUUUAGCUGCGGCUAUGGAGCUUGGAAAUUCAAAUGAGCUUUAUCUUAUGGCUUGUAAUUUGGUGAAGGAUUAUCCUCAAAAGGCUCUUUCAUGGUUUGCUGUUGGUUGCUACUACUAUUGUAUCAAGAAGUAUGAUCAAUCACGACGCUAUUUCAGCAAGGCUACAAGUCUAGAUGGAACCUUUGCACCUGCUUGGAUAGGCUAUGGUAAUGCGUAUGCUGCUCAAGAGGAGAAUGAUCAAGCAAUGUCUGCAUACCGAACUGCUGCUCGUCUAUUUCCAGGGUGCCAUUUACCAACAAUGUUCAUUGGGAUGGAGUACAUGCGAACCCACAGCUAUAAGCUUGCUGAGCAGUUUUUUUUGCAAGCAAAGGAAAUUUGUCCUUCAGAUCCUUUGGUAUAUAAUGAACUGGGCAUCGUUGCUUAUAACAUGAAAGAGUAUGGUAGGGCCGUGAAGUGGUUUGAGAAGACUUUGUCAUAUGUUCCAUCUUUAAGUCAAUUGUGGGAACCAACUGUAGUUAAUCUUGCCCACGCAUACAGAAAACUAAAGAUGUACCAUGAAGCAAUUUCGUGCUAUGAGAGAGCACUUACCUUAUCAACUAAAAGUUUGAGUACAUAUGCGGGUCUUGCGUACACUUAUCACUUGCAGGAUAAUGUUACUGCAGCAAUCACACAUUACCAUAAGGCUUUAUGGCUUAAACCAGAUGAUCAGUUUUCCAACGAAAUGUUGAGUUUGGCCCUUGUAGAUGAAGCUCGGCGUGGCGUAGACCCAAAAUUUGAGUUUCGCUGAAUGUGAGUUGUAUGCAUAGUUAAUUUGUAAUGUAUGCUUUUUUUUGUUCUUCAGUUUAUUAAAUUAGAUCAUUGUUUCUUAUGUUAGAGGAAGAAUUAAAAUUCGAGUAUUGCUGAAUAGUACAUGUAGGCUGCAUUAGUUUGUAUUUUAUGUAUUUUUUUUUGUUUAUUUGAUGAUAUGGGUUUACCGAGUA